AUGGCGGGCGACGUCGGCUCCCUGUACGGGCUGCUCCGCAAGGCCAAGCCACUCUGGAGCGGCGAGGAGCUGCGGAAGGUCCACGAGAAGCUCAAUCGGGUGGACAUCCGGGACGCGGAGGCCCUCGGCCGCGCCGUCUACGAUGGCAAGCUGAACGCGGCCCUGGCUUCUGCGGGCGAGCGGCGGCUCAAGAGUUCCACGGUCACGCAGCUGAAGAUCCUCGUUCGCGACAUCCACAGGAACAAGCAGGCGGAGCUGGAGUGCGCGUCCAUUGUGGGGCGGCGCCGGUGCUACUGCGGGGUUUGCCAAUACUGUGCUCAGGCCCACGAGCCCCAUCCGCUCCAGCACUCGAAGUCGCAGGGCGCGCUCCCCAAGGCCCUGUCGGUGUGGCCGACCGUGCCGGCGAAGGCCGCGCCGUCGAGGUCGCCACACGCCCGGCGGCCGCCCGCCUUUGGAGGGGCAGGAGCGCCGCCGUCCGCCCUCCGCCGCACGGGGGAAGCCAUCGCGGCAGGCGCCGUCGCUCUCGGCCAGCGCUCCGCGGCCGAGAGGGUGUCGAUGCUCGGCAAACAGUUGCGCCUCGCGACGGAGGGGCUGGCCAAGGCCAGCCAGGAGGCCAGCUCGGGCUCUCGCCACACGCUCGCCGACGGGGCGGAGUGGGACGCCCGGCGCCAGACCUCGCAGGCGGCUGGCGGCAGGGCGCCUGGCAGGCCCUCCCUGCAGCCCACGAACAGCGCCAUGCCGUUGCCUGCGGUCGACGAGAGUGCGGCCUACGCAGCGCAGUCGAUGCCGCAGCUGCGGAGAAGCCAGAUAUUCUCCAAGAAGCGCGUGUCCGUGAUCGACCAGGUGCACACCGCUAAGGAGGACGACGACGCUCCCGCCAGACCGGCCAGCGCGUGGGAGGACACGCUGCCGGGCCGGCUCGCCAUGCCGCAGCAGGUCGGCGAGCGGGCCGCGCAGCCGACGACCGCGCCGAGGGAGGGCUCCGCCGCCCAGAUGGACAACGUGCACGAUGAUAUUUCCGCCUGGACGGUGGACGCAGACGGUCCUUCCCGCGACCUCUCCACGGCAGGCAGCGCGCUUGAUCCUUGGUCCGCCGACGCGCCGGCGCGGAGCUCGGUGCGGAGGGUGCUGCAGCAGAGCGUGGAGGACCGGCGUGGGACGGCGGCGCCCCCUGGCGCCGCGGCGGCGCAGGCGCAGCUGGGCGCCGACGCCGCUGCCGCGCGCGUCAGCGAGGCUGCAGGCUCCAGCCCCUCGUCCGGCCCGAGGUCCCCGAGCAGCACCGGCAGGGCCAGGGCGGCCGGGGCGGGCCAGGGCUUCCAGUCCUCGCUGAGCCCGGUGGCCAGCAGCGCGCCGAGCCUGAGCCCCAUCGGCGAGGCCGCGGAGCUGGCCAGAGGCCCCCGUCGAGACCGCGAGGCGAUGCGGAACUCGCAGCACUCCGAGGUGACUCUUUCAAGCGCGGUGCGCACGCCGUUGCGGCCGCCGCGCGGCGAGGAGCUGGCCCCCGUCGCGGGCAAGAGCGACCGCCGCACGCGCAUGAUCCGAGCCUACGGGUGA